UUCCGCCAGCGAGCCAGCGCGAGUCGGACAAAAGUUCACUUGAAAAAGAGUGGACGUGUUGGUCGAACGAACUUUCCCUCGUCGCCCGUGCAGCAGCAGCAGCAAAUCGCGUGCUCCUUCCUCGUAACCUUACUUCGAGUCAGCUUUAUUACCAGCAGCCAAAAUGGUGUACAUGGUGAAAGAUUCCGAGGACUUCAACAACAAGCUGGAAGCGGCCGGCGACCAGCUCGUCGUGGUCGAUUUCUUCGCCACCUGGUGCGGCCCGUGCAAGGUGAUCGCCCCGAAGCUGGAGGAGUUCCAGAACAAGUACGCGGACAAGAUCGUCGUGGUGAAGGUGGACGUGGACGAGUGCGAGGAGCUGGCGGCCCAGUACAACAUUGCCAGCAUGCCCACCUUCCUGUUCAUCAAGCGGAAGGAGGUGGUCGGCCAGUUUUCUGGCGCGAACGCGGAAAAGCUGGAAAACUUCAUCCAGCAGCACUCGGCGUAAGGCUGCGUGUGCUCUCGAUUUGUUGUGUUGCGGGGCGGGAGACGCCGGACGGCCGACCAAGGAGCACAAUUAUACCAAGCAACACACACACACACACAUAGUAAACCCAUAAGCAUACAUAGCGUAAAGUCGACAUACCUACCAACCUCGUGUCACAGGAGGAUUCAUUCAUUUUGCUUGCCCAUUCGGUACAGAAAAUGGGAAAAAGGGGAAAGGCUUUAAAGCGCACUUUAAUCUAAGUGCGAAUGGCUUUGUUUAAUUAAGAAGACAUUUUCGUUUUUUUUAUGGGAAAACAUCUUGCACAUUCAUUUUCCUGUGUUCUAUAUCCCAGUGAGGGGCGCGUGCAUGAAAAUACACAACACCCCCUUUAUACCACCCGAUUCGUUGUUAGGCAAAUAGAGAAGAUAAAACACCAUUUUACACUUGCGGGAGGCGCUUGAGAGCAUAACGAAAACGAAAAUCAACCCAUAAUACACCACACAGAGAGUUUUGUCGUCGUCGCUUCACCAUUUGCCUUGUAUCGUGUUAUUUAAAUAUAAAUAUAUUUGUUGUGCUCUAA